AGCCUGCUAAAUAGAGAUGGCCAGUUGCCAGCUCUCAAAAAGAGGAGAUGAUGGAUGAGAGAAGGAAAGGAAACAAUCUCAUAUAAACAAGACUCCCUUAGGAACAGCCAGCACAAGCUGCCAGUGUGCAUGAAACGCUUAUAUGGGAUUUUCCUUCAUUUGAAAACAGGCCAUUUCAACUGCAGCAAGGACACACGGAGCAUUAUGUCAUUGGCAUCCUGGUUCAGGUGGAACGAGCCCCCAAACCGCAUUUCCCAGAGGAACCCCACAGAGAUGGUGGUGGAGACGCUCAUGAUGGAGCUGAGCUGGCAGAUGAAGCAGGCGGAGAAGCAGCAGCGGGAGCGGGAGAACGAAUACCGCAAGAUCAAGACGGGCGUGGACUACGGCUGGCUGGUCAGCUACCCAAAGCACAGCUACGAUAUCAGCCCUGGGGAACGCCUGCAGCUGGAGGACAUGUGCACCAAAAUACACCCCUCCUACUGUGGGCCUGUCAUACUCAGGUUCAGGCAAGUCGUGGCGGAGUACGAACCAGAAGCUCAGGAAGUAUCCCGGCUCUUCCGCUCCGUCCUGCAGGAAGCUGCUGAGAAGAUCAAAGAGGAGGAAGAGGCCAAGAAGCUUGCAAGGCAAUGGAACACAAAGAACAGAACCAGCCUCUCCUUAACAACAUUUAAAUCUCGGUCCAGGAUUUCCCCAUUCAUCAGUGACAUCAAGACCAUCUCUGAGGAUGUGGAACGGGGCACCCAGCCCAACAGGAGGGUUUGGAGCAUGCCAGAAUUUCGGAACACCAAGGAUUUCUGACUCUAUACUGAAUAAGGUUUUUAGACACUGAUCUUUCAAAAUCCCACUUUAACCCUUUUUUAACUCUACUGUUUCUUCUUUUUUCCACCUCUCUUUUCCUGCCUGUCUCUGUCUUGGAAGUUGUGUCUGUAGUAACCGCUGCUGAUGCCUGCAGUCUGUGACACCAUUUAUUACCAAACAUGAUAGCCUUUCCUUUAACUCAGUAGCUAUUCAGUAACCUUAAGGGCAAGGCUCACUUAUUAUCCCAUUUUUAUUACUGCUUUCUUGUGGAAAAUGAAUUAGUUUUGCUACGUCUGUCUUCUCCCUUUCCCCUCCAGCCUGGAUGUAGUUAUCUAUAAAAACUUUUGGCUCACGCUACUGGGAGCUGCUGGCUGGACCAAUCUUGCUGAAAGCAAGACAGUCACUUAAAUGAGUGAGGUUUGCAGGAUUGGGCUUGUGAGUUAAAGCUAGUAUCUGAUUUGGAACUGAACUUCCUUUUCCAGCUAAUAGCCUUCCUCAAUGCUACAACAAACUUCACAGGUAACCUCAGCACUGCUCUUGAUCCGCUUUUUUGCUGACAGUUCACAAUCCAACAUGAGUAGAAACAAAUUCAAACUUUCUGAGAUUAAAGACCAAUCAUGUUCCACAACCACCA